AUGACUCAUGCGAAUCGAUUUCUCAACAUCAUGAUCUCCCAAGCUAUCGGUGAAUCCAUCCCCAACAACACCGAACACGCUGUAUCCGUCACCCUUCCUACGUGGGAGGCCACAGUGGGCUACGAAGAAGGCGAAGAAUGGGUGGUAUCCAAGAUGAACUCAGGCUACCCCCGUUUCUUCAUCCACUCCAUCAUCCAACAACUAGCCUCCAACAUCACCGCCAAGUACGGUAGAACUGGUGAACAAUGUAUGGUUUUCUCGUCCUAUAAUAUCUCCAAACGUUGCAGAGACUUCAUUUAUUCCAAAACCCCUGCCAAUACCGCCAAACCCACCGUCAGAGUGCUUAAACUUUCCACCGUCCCACCUCGUACCGAUCUCGAGAAAUCUACCGUGGUAGAGACGUCCAUUGGGGUGAUUUUUUUCCCUCCCGCGGUAUUCACCCUAGCUAAGGCCUAUUGGCAGCACUCAGGGGAAGGUAUCUCCUCCCGGUUAGCGGAGUAUUUGCUUAAACAUUUAUUUCCCCAAUCCACCCAUAAAGUUGAUGUUACUGGUGACACAAAAGCCGAAAUUCAAGCUAGAAGGAUUCAGAAGAUUUCUCCCUCCAUUAACACCCCUACGGUACUGAAACGUCGGGACGAUGAAGAUACCACCAUGUUCAUUGAUCAGAAAUUCGGUAGAAUUUUAGAUUUGAAAUUUGCUCCUGCGGCUAAAAUUGCCUUAAAGAGAAGAAUUAUCGGCAAUAUCGAAGAAUUGGAUUUGGACUUGAAUAAGAUCAGAGAGAAUACCAAAAAGUUUGAUGCUGACGACGUUUACUUAUACCCCAGUGGGAUGGCGUCGAUAUUCAAUUGUCAUCAAGCACUUUUACUGGCUUUCCCCCCACAAAAAUCCGUAUGUUUUGGCUUCCCUUAUGUCGAUACCCUCAAUAUCUUGAAGAAAUUUGGUCCUGGAGUUCAUUUCCUUGGGUUAGGUGAUGACCAAUCGUUAGCGGAAUUAGAACAAAACCUUCUGAAUGGGAUGAAAAUCUCCGGAUUAUUCUGUGAAUGUCCAUCCAAUCCAUUAUUGAAAACCCCCAAUUUGAAGAAAAUCAGAGCUUUGGCCGAUACUUAUGACUUCGCCGUGGUGGUGGAUGACACUGUGGGUAACUUCAUCAAUAUCCACGUCUUACCUUACGCCGAUAUGGUUUGUACAUCAUUAACUAAAGUGUUUUCUGGAGAUUCUAAUGUUAUGGGCGGUUCAGUAGUACUUAAUAAGGAAACCCGUAAAUAUGCACAAUUGAAAAAAUAUUUCACCAUGCAUUAUGAAGAUGUGUUCUGGGCUCAAGACGCUUUGGUAAUGGAAAGAAAUUCUCGUGAUUUCGCCGAAAGAUCCCGUAAAGUUAAUGAAAAUACUCAAGAAAUUGUUAAUUUCCUUAAAAAUUGUUCAUUAAUAUCCAAAGUUUACUAUCCUUCACUUUCUGAUACUAAAAAUUACUAUGAUGACAUUAAAACCCAGAAUGGUGGAUAUGGAGGUUUGAUUUCUUUCAUAUUUCAUGAUCCUAAUGAUGCCAUUACGUUUUUCAAUGCCAUGAACUUCCAUAAAGGGCCAUCUUUGGGGACAAAUUUCACUUUGGCUUGUCCCUAUACCAUUUUGGCCCAUUAUGGGGAAUUGGAGGAGGUAGAGAAGUGGGAUAUCGAUAGGAAUUUGAUUAGGAUUAGUGUGGGGAUUGAAGAUAAGAAGGAGUUGGUGGAGGUUAUGGAGAAGCUGUUGGAGGUUACUUUGAAUUCGAGGCGAGACAGCUAG